UGCACUUUGCGUUACCACAGGCUUCCCUCUGCAUCGCGUGUGACUUCUACAUUCUACCUUCGGCUCCACUGCAGACAGUCCGGCUUGUGUAGUUUUAAUUGAAUAUCUGAUUUUCUUGGGGUUGAAAAAGAGCUUAGCAGACUUAGUAAGGCCCCCGCCACCCCUCCACCCCUCCACCCCGCCUCAACCUUCAUAUCCUCUUUCCUUGGUAACAACCCCCCCCCCUUCAAGUCACUACUUCUCUUUAGUCUUCUGGUGCGGCAGGAGUGGUAAGGAUGAGCGCAGGGGCAGAUGGGACUCAGUGUGCGGACUGAGGGCUGAGGGAGAAGGCGUGCGGCUCUGUCUGGACUGUGGCUGAGACCCUCUCCAGUCAUGGGAUGCUGCAGUGUGACCCAGAGGAAUUCUGGGAUUGACGAGGUGGGCCCUGAUGAGAUCGAGCUGCUGGAGCUGUCGGGAGAUCAUUCUGGGAUAUGGAGUUUAGGAGAGACCAGGCUGCAGCUCUCUGUGAGGAACGACCAAGACAAGCCACUUCCUCCCAGACCAUCAGUACGACACCUCGAACCGGAGGUGGUGCUGUGGGGCAGCUGCAGAGAUGAGCUGCAUCACAUGAUCUACUCCCAGCCAAUCAGGGACUGGGAAGGCCAGCCUGCUCACAUGUAUGGAGAGAUAGUCCACUCAUCCCUGGUGUCUCUGCUGAACAGCUACACACAGGAGAUGACUGAACAUUAUCUAGUGCUGUUCUCCUUCCACUUGUUGAUCCUGUCUCUGGAUCAUUCUCGACAUGACUUCAUCUACGGAGGCAUGUUACCUCUGUCUGGACUCUCCUCGCAAGUCCUCUCCCUGGACCACAACACCUCAAACUCCUACGUGUUCCAAAUCAGUGGUCCAAUGCUGGACUCUAAAGUCUUUCUGUGUACCAGCGCUGCAGAGCUGAACAAGUGGAUGGAGCACCUGGAGGAUAGGAGAUACAAGGCUGUGUCACAGCCUCUAAGCCCCUCACACUGUGCCCUGUCCUACCUGUUACCCUGCGACGAAACCUGGAAGAAGGACGAGCUGAGAAUGUAUCUGCUCCAGGCUCCGAUCUGGGAGUGGGAAGGUUCUCCUAUACAACACAUGGGCCCACCAGGAUACCUGUCUCUUGUCCACAUCAUUAACACAGACAGACAGGGACUUCAAGAAAGACUCAUGGUACUCUUUCCUCAAGACCUUCUUCUGCUGUCAGUUGAUAACAAGCGUCUCAAUAUAACUUACGAGGGUAGAUUACCUCGGAAAACCAUCAAAGCCGUAGAGAGGUCCGCCUUGCCAGGGAGACUACAAUUUGAGUUGACAGGUGAUUUUAUGGAUCCCAUGCAGGUAUCCUGCACCUGUGCAGAAGACUACCAAGACUGGAUGUUCCAGUUACAACAGCCGGAAAGUAAUAUUAAAGGUACCUCAAACCACACUGCUCCACCUCUCAUACCACAGAAGAAGAGGAGCAGGAAGGAGUCCCAGGAACCAAUGAUCACAUGACUGAACCACACACAGGACGAUGUCAUGUCUGAACCACACACAAACACACACACACACACCAGGACGAUGUCAUGCCUGAACCACACACACACCAGGACGAUGUCAUGCCUGAACCACACACUCACCAGGACGAUGUCAUGACUGAGACCCACACACACCAGGUUGAGAGCCUCAGACUUCUCGGUGAGGCUUCUGUCUCAGUGGUCCUGGUGGAACCAUGUGUGGAUGGUGUUAUGUACAUAUGCAAUCUGUAUUUGUAGAGGUACUUCAAAAAGAAGAGGUUGCUGUGAAGCUGUAGACAGGAUGUGUCAUACAAGGGAAAGUAUA